GUCUAGCCCUGACAGCAGUUGUUAUAAAACUCUUUAACCUUCAACUAGCUUCAAGAUAAAAAGUCAAGUCUCCACAAUACUCUGAUUCUCUUCCUUCUAUCUCCGAAACAAUAAACGGCAUCAUGGUUUCCGCCAAGGCUCUUCUGUUCACGAUGAUUUCUGCGGUGAUGGCGCAGAACAAGACCCAGAUUGGCACCACGAGCGAGUUUCGUGUCUGCACUGUAGACGCAAGGCCCAUCUACUCUGAAACCUGCGUCCCUUUGAACCAAACUGGGUCAACCCAGUUCAAUGUUGCGGUCGGCUGUCGCCAGUAUGGAAGCACAACAUGCACCGGAAAUUACGAUACGGUGGGAUACCGGAGUGCCUGCUAUGAGAACAGUCGGUUCUUUCAGAAUUUUGGUACGAUAAGCGGGAGCAUCUAUUGCUAUCCUUCUUAGAGGACGACGGGUUGUUGAGACCCGUGUGAAGAGUCUGGAUGCAUUAUACGGAACAAUUUGAUGAUUGUGAGGGUAUGCUUAUCUAGUUAGUGAAUGAAAUUGACUUGCUGUUUCUAAGCAGCCUGGAUGUGGCGUCAAUAAGUGAUAAGACAAGUUUCGGGAAGUUGGCAG